AUGGAAGAAGAGCAUACAUGCAAAUCAACAAUGGUAAUUGUUGAUAUGGAAGUUCUUCCAUUAUUAACAAACAUAUCUAUCCUAUUAUUUUUAAUUUUUUCAAUAGAUUUAUACAGAGCAAAUGAUUAUAUCAAUAAUGUCCUCGCAUAUUGUACAGUUAUCUUCUGGUAUAUUAGCGGCCUUGUCCAGUUCAUUGCAUACGGUAGAGUUACAGGCGGUUGGGAUGAUCUUUUUGGCGCAUCCGGAUUCGCCAUACUUAUUAUCAUUAUUGUUAUCACGUAUCCAAUAUUCUAUUUGUUUUGGCUACCUAUAGUUCUUUACCAUUUAGUGAUGCUAAUUGGCUGUCCUUGGCAACUUUGGCAAAGAAGAUUUCAAAAUGGAUGCAUGACAUUAGAUAAACUUAUUCCAAGUCUUGCAGAUUCUACAGCAUCCCUCGUUUUAUGCUACAUUUACAUCGGAAUACCAUUUUGGUUUUUCUGCGUGAUUUACAUCGGAUCAAUUAUAAUUUUAUCGCCAGUAUUUUACUUCCUAUUCUCUCCAAUGGGAUAUAGCACAUUUGGAAUUGUUUUACACGUCUCAUUGCGUUUUCCAACAACACUCGAGUUUGAUAUCAAAGAAAGAGUUGAAAAAACAUAUAGAUUUGGAGUCUUUUUCCAUGUUUACUUAACGUGCUUACCAAUGGUAAUAAUUUCUGCAGUAAGUGUUGCUUUGAAUGGCGUAACUUGGUGGGCAAUACUAAUGCUUGUUCUUGCAGGUUUAAAUUUCCUUGUAGAUUGCGUUACAAGCAUAAUUAACCUCGCUAAGAGAGAUGAUAUGUUUUAA